GGCCGGCACCCCGGGAUUACUCAGGCCCCGAUGCUCAGCCGGAAAUCCUCAUGGACUCUGAGGAGCUCUGGGCCAUAGCCACUUUCCUCGGAUCGGAGUUGGGCAGUCCCCCGAAUUGUACUGGAAGAAAAUCCAGAAAAGUGGCUGACCUGCCAACAGGGCUUGCCUAAACAGGCAUUAUUUUCUUGACUUCACCCAAGCGGGUAAAGGGAGGCAAGAGCUGGGGCCAGAACCUGUGGCGAAUCUGCAGCCUCUGGGACGUUUGGACGCGCAAGGAAGGGGCAGGCAAGAGGAGCAGAGAAGCCCGCGUCUCGUCCACCCAUUCGCCCCGCCCGCCUGACGAAUCUGCGCCCGUUCAACGCGCCACUCAAAUCUCCCCAGCUCUGCCCGGCCGCCUCCCCUUCGCCCCGCCCCCUUUUCCUCGGGGACUAGCCGCUGCUUUCGUCGCCGCCGAUUCGUCAACGGCCCCAGGCCAGAGCAGCUGGACAGCCGUGGUGAAGCCCACUCUCCGGGGGAUGCGGCCAAUCUCCAGGCCCCCUAGGCUUCAAUUCUCAAGCCUCCUAGGGCGCCGGCCGAGGCGAAACCGCUAUCCUCGGCCCCGUUGGUCUCCCAGUGGCGCCCGUGGCGAAAGUGCGAAUGUCGACGCUGUGCCUGCUGGGCCUCGCGCAGUGUAAAUGAGCAAAGAUGGAUCAAGAAGGUGGGGGAGACGGGCAGAAGACCCCGAGCUUCCAAUGGCGCAACUACAAGCUCAUCGUGGAUCCUGCCCUGGACCCUGCCCUGCGCAGGCCUUCUCAGAAGGUGUACCGCUACGAUGGGGUCCACUUCAGUGUCAACGACUCAAAGUAUAUUCCAGUCGAAGACCUGCAAGACCCCCGCUGCCAUGUCAGGUCCAAAAGCAGAGACUUUUCCCUCCCGGUCCCUAAGUUUAAGCUGGAUGAGUUCUAUAUCGGGCAGAUCCCGCUGAAGGAAGUGACGUUUGCCAGACUGAACGACAACGUGCGGGAGGCCUUCCUGAAGGACAUGUGCCGGAAGUACGGCGAGGUGGAGGAGGUGGAGAUCCUUCUGCACCCCCGCACGCGCAAGCACCUGGGCCUGGCCCGCGUGCUCUUCACCAGCACGCGGGGGGCCAAGGAGACGGUCAAAAACCUCCACCUCACCUCCGUCAUGGGCAACAUCAUCCACGCCCAGCUCGACAUCAAAGGACAACAACGAAUGAAGUACUAUGAGCUGAUUGUCAAUGGCUCCUACACCCCUCAGACGGUGCCCACUGGGGGCAAGGCCCUGAGUGAGAAGUUCCAGGGCCCUGGUGCGGCCACUGAGACGACUGAGUCCCGCCGCCGCGCCUCCUCUGACACAGCUGCCUACCCAGCAGGCACUGCUGUGGUGGGCACUCCUGGCAAUGGCACCCCCUGCUCCCAGGACACAAGCUUCUCCAGCAGCCGACAAGACACCCCAUCUUCCUUCGGCCAGUUCACCCCUCAGUCCUCCCAAGGAACCCCCUACACGUCUCGGGGCAGCACUCCCUACUCUCAGGACUCUGCCUACUCCAGCAGCACCACUUCAACCUCCUUCAAGCCCCGGCGGUCCGAGAACAGCUACCAAGAUUCCUUUUCCCGCCGCCACUUCUCUGCGUCUUCAGCCCCCACGACCACCUCUGCAGCCAUCUCUGCCACCACUGCAGCCACCGCCACCUCCGCCCCCUCUUCCUCCUCCUUGUCCUCGUCCUCCUCGUCCACUUCGUCCUCAUCCUCUCAUUUUCGUGGUUCUGACUCCAACUACCCAGCAUAUUACGAAAGCUGGAGUCGCUACCAACGCCAUUCUUCCUACCCGCCCCGCCGGGCAACUCGGGAGGAGCCCCCGGGGGCACCUUUUGCUGAAAAUACAGCUGAGCGCUUCCCGCCUUCCUACACCUCCUAUUUGCCCCCCGAGCCCAGCCGCCCCGCCGACCAGGACUACCGGCCUCCCGCCUCAGAGGCCCCGCCCCCAGAGCCUCCAGAACCGGGUGGAGGCGGCGGUGGUGCCGGGGGGCCCAGCCCUGAGGGAGAAGAAACUCGGACCUCCCCCCGCCCGGCCUCACCUGCCCGUUCCGGAUCCCCAGCCCCAGAAACCACCAACGAGAGUGUGCCCUUCGCUCAGCACAGCAGCCUGGAUUCCCGCAUUGAGAUGUUGCUGAAGGAGCAGCGCUCCAAGUUUUCUUUCCUGGCCUCUGACACGGAGGAGGAGGAAGAGAACUCUGCCACAGGCCCUGGGGCGAGAGACACAGGGAUCGAGGUGCCUUCUGGCUCAGGGCACGGGCCCUGCACGCCGCCUCCAGCCCCAGCUAACUUUGAGGACGUGGCACCUACAGGGAGUGGGGAGCCAGGGGCGACCCGGGAGUCUCCCAAGGCCAACGGACAGAACCAGGCGUCUCCAUGCUCUUCUGGAGAGGACAUGGAGAUCUCCGACGAUGGGCCACCGCCCCCUGAGUACCCCCCGCCUCCUCCACCGCCCCCCCACAUCUAUGACUUUGUGAACUCCCUAGAGCUCAUGGAUCGACUUGGGGCUCAGUGGGGAGGAAUGCCCAUGUCCUUCCAGAUGCAGACCCAGAUGUUAACUCGGCUCCACCAGCUGCGGCAGGGCAAGGGAUUGACUGCUGCCUCGGCUGGUCCCCACGGUGGGGCCUUUGGGGAGGCCUUCCUCCCAUUCCCACCCCCACAGGAGGCGGCCUACGGCUUGCCCUAUGCUCUGUACACACAAGGGCAAGAAGGCCGAGGGGCCUAUUCCCGGGAGGCUUACCACCUGCCUUUGCCCGUGGCAGCUGAGCCCCUGCCCUCCUCAGUCUCGGGAGAGGAGGCCCGACUACCACCAAGGGAGGAAGCAGAGCUGGCAGAGGGCAAGGCCCUGCCGGCAGCGGGCACCGUGGGCCGCGUGCUGGCCACCCUCGUCCAGGAGAUGAAGAGCAUCAUGCAGCGAGACCUCAACCGCAAGAUGGUGGAAAACGUGGCCUUCGGCGCCUUUGACCAGUGGUGGGAGAGCAAGGAAGAGAAGGCCAAGCCAUUCCAGAACGCAGCCAAACAGCACGCCAAGGAGGAAGAUAAAGAGAAGACGAAGCUCAGAGAGCCAGGCCUGCUGUCCCUCGUGGACUGGGCGAAGAGUGGGGGCACCACAGGCAUCGAGGCCUUCGCCUUCGGGUCAGGGCUGCGGGGGGCCCUGCGGCUGCCUUCUUUCAAGGUAAAACGAAAAGAGCCUUCAGAAAUUUCCGAGGCCAGCGAGGAAAAGAGGCCGCGGCCUUCCACUCCCGCUGAGGAAGAUGAAGAUGACCCUGAGCGAGAGAAGGAGGCUGCAGAGUCAGGACGUCCAGGGACCAAGCCCCAAAAGCGAGAUGAAGAGCGAAGCAAGACCCCGGGCAAGCACCGCAAGUCCUUUGCUCUGGACAGCGAGGGGGAGGAGGCAUCCCAGGAGUCCUCCUCGGAGAAGGAGGAGGAGGAGGAGGAGGAAGACGAGGAAGAUGACGAUCAUGAGGAAGCCAUGGAUACUGCAAAGAAGGAGACAGAGGCCUCAGAUGGCGAGGACGAGGGAAGCGAUUCGUCCUCCAAAUGUUCUCUGUAUGCCGACUCAGAUGGUGAAAAUGAUAGCACCUCGGACUCAGAGAGUGGCAGCUCGUCCAGCUCCUCGUCUUCCUCAUCUUCCUCCUCAUCCUCCUCCUCGUCAUCCUCAUCUGAGUCCUCUGAAGAAGAAGAGGAAGAAGAGCAGCCAGCAACCAUCUCCUCAGUGUCACCGCCACCUAGAGACGUCCCUGUGCCCCUGCCAGCACCUGUGGAGGAACCCAAGCCAGAGAGGACCGCAGGCUCCCCCGUCACACUGCGCCCCGAACAGGAGAAGUCUCCAGCAAGGCCUGCCGGUGCCCUUGAGGAACCAGCACCCCGUGUGCCCCAGCCUCCCCCAGAGCCCCCGGCUGGGCCCCCAGCCCCUGCUCCCUGCCCCGACGAGCGCCCCUCCUCUCCGAUCCCCCUCUUGCCCCCACCCAAGAAACGCCGGAAAACCGUCUCCUUCUCUGCUGUGGAGGAAGUGCCAGCCCCAGAACCUUCCCCAGCUGCCCCACAGCAGGUCAAGGCUCCUGGCCCCAUCUCCCGCAAAGCCCACCGGGGCGUGGAGCGGACCAUUCGCAAUUUGCCCCUGGACCAUGCAUCUCUGGUCAAGAGUUGGCCCGAGGAGGUGUCCCGAGGAGGUCGGAGCCGGGCUGCAGGCCGAGGCCGCUCUACCGAGGAAGAGGAGGCUGAGCCAGGGACAGAAGUGGACCUGGCGGUGCUGGCCAACCUGGCCCUGACCCCAGCCCGACGUGGGUUGGCUGCCUUGCCUGUUGGCGAUGACUCAGAGGCCACAGAGACAUCGGACGAGUCAGACCGCCUGGGCCCUCUGCUCAGCCACAUCCUCCUGGAGCACAACUAUGCCCUGGCCAUCAAGCCUCAGCCCUUCGCACCGUCCCCGCGGCCGCUGGAGCCAGUCCCUGCCCCUGCAGCCCUCUUCAGCUCCCCAGCGGAUGAGGUCCUGGAGGCCCCUGAGGUGGUGGUGGCUGAGGCAGAGGAACCAAAGCAGCAGGAGGAGGGGGAGGAGGAGGAGGAGGAGUCCGAGUCUUCUGAGAGCAGCACAGCAGCAGCCAGCAACGGGGAGGGGGCCGACAUGGGCUACCUGCGCCUCAUGUAUGAGCAGCUGCUGCAGCAGACGAGCGGGGCCGACUGGCUGAACGACACCCACUGGGUCCACCACACUGUCACCAACCUGAGCACCCCCAGACGCAAGCGGCGGCCCCAGGACGGGCCCCGGGAGCACCAGACGGGCUCGGCCCGCAGCGAAGGCUACUACCCCAUCAGCAAGAAGGAGAAGGACAGGUACCGGGACGUGUGCCCUGUCUCAGCCCGGCAGCUGGAAGGGGCGGACACUCAGGGGACUAACCGUGUGCUUUCCGAGCGCCGGUCUGAGCAGCGGCGGCUGCUGAGUGCCAUUGGCACCUCCGCCAUCAUGGACAGUGACCUGCUGAAGCUAAACCAGCUCAAGUUCCGAAAGAAGAAGCUCCGAUUCGGCCGGAGCCGCAUCCAUGAGUGGGGUCUGUUUGCCAUGGAGCCCAUCGCAGCUGAUGAGAUGGUCAUUGAGUAUGUGGGUCAGAACAUCCGCCAGAUGGUGGCCGAUAUGAGGGAGAAGCGCUAUGCGCAGGAGGGCAUCGGCAGCAGCUACCUGUUCCGGGUGGACCACGACACCAUCAUCGAUGCUACCAAGUGUGGCAACCUGGCGAGGUUCAUCAACCACUGCUGCACGCCCAACUGCUAUGCCAAGGUGAUCACCAUCGAGUCCCAGAAGAAGAUCGUGAUUUACUCCAAGCAGCCCAUCGGCGUGGACGAGGAGAUCACCUACGACUACAAGUUUCCGCUGGAGGACAACAAGAUCCCGUGUCUGUGCGGCACCGAGAGCUGCCGGGGCUCCCUCAACUGAGGUGGGCAGACGGGCGCCCACCCCCCCUAUUUAUUCCCCUUGGUGCCCUGAGCUCCCAGCACCCCAGCCUUAGUGGGCUCAGGAGGGCCCACAUGCCCCCAUCUCUGAAUAUGGAGUUGGGCCCCUGAGCCCUGCAAGGGAGCCUCAGUCCCUUAAGGCAGUGUCUGCCUCCCCUGUCACCCCUGCCGCCCACCCCCUAAUUUUUUUCUUUGCGGAGAAGAAGCUGUAAAUGUUCUGUAGCUGCCAGAGCUGUUUCCUGUGGAAACCUGGGGUGCCAGCCUGUACAGAUCCUGUUCUCGGGGCUGCACAGCCCUCUUGCUUUGUGUUAAUGGGGACUUCCCUUCUGUGCCCUGCGUGCACCCCUCCCCAGUUCAGGGGUCUCUAGGGGCAGUGGCCAUGUUCUCCCCCUGGGGAGGGGGGCCCUGUGCCUCCCAGUCCUGGGGACUCCGUGCCUGGAACCCUGCCUCAUCUUCUGUUCCUGCCAGACCCUGUGGGUCACCCUUCUACCCUGGUGUCUAAGCUCUGGUUGGGCCAGGCCAGGAUGGCGGGGGGAGCGGGCCGGUCCUGUUGGGCUGGAUUGUACAUAUGUUAAUAGCAAAGACCCAAUGCCACAUUUUUAUAAUUGUGAUUAAACUUUAUUGUACAAAAA